AUGGCUGCCCGUGAACGUACAGUAACCGUUCUAGCCAUCCUAUUCUUUUUACUUUGUAUAGCUUUAUUCGUAGCUUUAAUAUAUUUAUAUAAUAGUAAAAAGGAGCCAGAUGUAUGCAUGACACCAGGAUGUAUACGAACAGCCUCAGUUAUUUUAUCCUCUAUGAAUGCUACUGUUGAUCCAUGUAUAGAUUUCUACGAGUAUGCAUGCGGGCUAUGGAUUAAAGGACAUCCCAUACCAGAUGAUGCGCCUAGUGUUUCAAAUUUCGAGAACUUAUCGCAGGAUUUAGAAUUUGCUCUGAAAGAACUUCUUGAGGAGAAGAUAGGUCGAGAAGAAGUAUAUGAUUAUGAGACCAGUGCAAUUGGUAAAGCCAAGUACUUCUAUAAGCUCUGCCUGAAUGAAAGUGAAAUUUUUGAUAAUUGGAGAAAAACUUUUGAUGAAGUAAUUGAGUCAUUUGGAGGAUGGCCAAGUUUAGGUCAUCCAAUGAAUCCGAAUACGGUAUCGAUCGAGAGACUAUACGGAGAUAUGGUUUCUAAAUUCCGGGCAGAUUCCUUAUUCAAAGCUACAGUUCAGCCAGAUGACAAAAACUCUGAGCGUCACGUAUUACUGAUUGAUCAACCUGCAUUGAACUUGUUCGCCCGAGACUUCUAUGUUUUAGCCGAAACAGAGGAAAGAUUAGCGUACUUGACAUUAAUCAGAGAUGUUCUUGUACUUUUAAAUCCGAAUCUGACCAAUAAUCGAGCUAUGAGAGAUGCUGAGGAAAUAAUAGACUUCGAGACGGCUUUAGCCAAUAUUACCAUGGCUGAUGAGCAACGACAUGACAUCGCUGAACUGUAUGCCAAAAUGACUUUGGGAGACAUGAGACGCCAAUUGAGAAAUUUCGAUUGGCUCCUGUUCUUCAACCAUGUCUUCAAGGACAUAAAAAAUAAAGAUGGUAGUCCAAUUGUUUUUAAUGAAAGUACGCAAGUAGUCGUUUAUGGAGUUGAAUUCCUUCGUCGUUUAGAUCAGCUUCUCCCACGUUAUCACAAACAAAGAAUUGUGAAUUACUUGGAAUGGUGUUGGUUCUUCAAAACAAUGUUGAGGGAUUUACCCGAUCCAUUCGCAUUGACCAUUUUCAAGUUCUACAAAACUCUUAAUCUCAUGAACGUCCAAAAAGUUCGCUGGCAUGGUUGUGUUACUCGAAUUAAUUCCUUGAUGCCUAUGGCAACUUCUUCCAUAUAUGUCCAACAUCACUUUGAUCAUGAAGCAAAGCAACAGGUUGAAGAAAUGAUCUCCUUGAUAAUGGAGGCAUUUGUUGAUUUAUUAGUAUCCGAAGAUUGGCUAACCAAAGAAACAAAGGAAUAUGCCAAGCAAAAGGUUCACACAAUGAAACAGAAAAUUGGAUACCCCGACUAUCUGAACGAUUCUGCAGCAGUUGAUCGAGAAUAUUCGCUGUUCAAGGUCUACCCGGGUGGUUAUUACAAAACGAAGUUCCAUUUCUACGAGCAGUAUCAGCGUGAUGUACUUGAACGAAUCUCUCAACCAGUCGAUCGCGAAAGAUGGGUAGCAGGAGCUGCACUUGUCAACGCAUUCUACAGUCCAAAUACCAAUGAGAUUAUUUUUCCCGCUGGCAUUCUCCAACCUGUCUUCUACAGCAAAGAUUUUCCGUCUUCAAUGAAUUUCGGAGGAAUCGGGGUAGUGAUUGGGCACGAAAUCACACACGGAUUUGAUGAUCGAGGACGUCUCUAUGACAAUCUCGGGAACAUUCGGCAAUGGUGGGACAAUGUGACCAUUGCCAAGUUUGAAGAGAAAGCCGAAUGCAUCGAGAAGCAAUACAGCGAGUAUUUAUUAGAGCAAAUAGCUAUGAAAAUAAACGGACGGAGUACCAAAGGAGAAAACAUCGCUGACAAUGGAGGAUUGAAGCAGGCUUACAAAGCUUAUAAGAAAUACGAGAACCUCCAUCCUCUUCCACCAUCAUUACCAGGAGUCAAUCUUACUCAUGAUCAAUUGUUCUUCCUUAAUUAUGCUCAGAUUUGGUGUGGCACAAUGAAUGACAAAGAAGCUGUUCGUAAGUUACGAACUUCCGAACAUUCUCCCGGACCCAUCAGAGUUAAAGGGCCAUUAUCGAAUUCAAAAGAUUUUGCCAAAGCUUACAAUUGCCCUGUUGGUUCACCAAUGAAUCCUAAAGAGAAAUGUCGUGUUUGGUAA